UGUUGGGACUCUGUGCUCUGGAGCGGAGGUUGGGAAAAGGAGAGGGACGGCUUUUCUUCCUUGGGAGAGCUUGGAGGAGCGCUCGGCACCCCUGGGCUUGAACUUUAGCACCCUCUUCCGCAGGAGUUUAAAGGAGAGGAUCAUCGCGUCGUGUCGGGAUAGCCGAGGCAGGCGUGAGGCUGCAGCACAGGAGACGCCAGCUACUUUCUCCAGCGAGGUUUUAAUGGGGUUCUUCGUAAAGCAAUAACAGCAGCGAGAGAACGCCAGGCGGGCAGGAAGCGUUCGUAGCGCUCAGGACGCUUGGGGAGCGGGGCUGCCGUUCCUCACGGCCAGGAGCCCGUCCUGCCGCGCAGAGGGUGGGUUUGAUUGGAGCGGAGGAAGGGUUAUUUUCUUUUGACUGAAGGCAACCCAGCCCCGGCGGAUUAAAGCUCUUUGUGUGCUCCAGAGUGCGCCUUCAUGGCAGCUGCUCCCGUAAAACCGGCUGCAGGGGGCUUGGGGAUCAUCCCAUAAGUUGGGGGGCUCUCCUGGAGGACCGGGAUAACUCCUGUAUCCGUGGCUCUGAGACGAUGCUGGGACAGUAGCUCCCUUCGCAGGCGUGCUCCGGGAUGGCUGUCUAUGCCCUCACGGGCUUCUCGCUCGUCAGCCUGCUCAGCUUUGGCUAUUUAUCCUGGGACUGGAUGAAGCCCAGUUUGGUGGCCGACGUGGCCACGGACCCCAUGGAGAAAGCACUGCCCCCCACCUUUUCCAGGCCACCCCACAUCAUCUUCAUUCUGACCGAUGACCAGGGCUACCACGACGUUGGGUACCAUGGCUCUGAUAUCCAGACACCAACGCUGGACAGGCUGGCGGCAGAGGGGGUUAAGCUGGAGAACUACUACAUCCAGCCCAUCUGCACCCCAUCCCGGAGCCAGCUCAUAACCGGCAGGUACCAGAUCCACACAGGGCUGCAGCACUCCAUCAUCCGCCCUCGGCAGCCCAACUGCCUGCCCCUCGACCAGGUCACCCUGCCACAGAAGCUGCAGGAAGCCGGCUACUCCACACACAUGGUGGGCAAGUGGCACCUUGGCUUCUACAAGAAGGAGUGCCUGCCCACCCGCCGGGGCUUCGACACCUUCCUGGGCUCCCUGACAGGCAACGUGGACUAUUACACCUAUGACAACUGCGAUGGACCGGGCGUCUGCGGCUACGACCUGCACGAAGGGGAGGACGUGGCUUGGGACCAGAGUGGGAAAUACUCCACCUUCCUGUAUGCCCAGCGCGUCAGCAAGAUCCUGGCAUCCCACAGCCCCAAGGAGCCCAUCUUCAUCUAUGUGGCCUUCCAAGCAGUCCACACACCUCUGCAGUCGCCCAAGGAGUACAUCUACCGCUACCGCUCCAUGGGCAACGUCGCGCGCCGCAAGUACGCGGCCAUGGUGACGUGCAUGGACGAGGCGGUAAAGAACAUCACCUGGGCCCUCAAGAAGUAUGGUUAUUAUGACAACAGUGUGAUUGUGUUCUCCACUGACAAUGGUGGGCAGACCUUCUCUGGGGGAAGCAACUGGCCGCUACGGGGCCGCAAAGGGACGUACUGGGAAGGGGGAGUCCGUGGCAUCGGUUUUGUCCACAGUCCCCUGAUCAAGCGCAAGCGCCGGACCAGCUGGGCGCUGGUUCACAUCACAGACUGGUACCCGACUCUGGUCAGCCUGGCCAGGGGCAACCUGAGCAAUGUCCCAGGCUUGGAUGGCUACAACGUCUGGCCUGCCAUCAGUGAGGGCAAGGAGUCGCCACGAACUGAAAUCCUGCACAACAUCGACCCCCUGUACAACCAUGCCAAGUAUGGGUCUUUGGAGGAUGGCUUCGGCAUCUGGAACACAGCCGUGCAAGCCUCCAUCCGGGUUGGGGAGUGGAAGCUCCUCACUGGUGACCCGGGAUACAGCGACUGGAUACCCCCACAGACCCUGACCAACUUCCCAGGGAGCUGGUGGAACCUGGAGCGUCUCACCAAUGGCCUGAGGAAAUCCGUGUGGCUCUUCAACAUCACUGCUGACCCCUAUGAGCGCUACGACCUCUCGGACCAGCGCCCAGAUGUGGUCAGGACCCUCCUGAUGAGGUUGGUGCACUACAACCGAACGGCCAUCCCGGUGCGGUACCCCGCGGAGAACCCCCGGGCUCACCCAGACUUCAACGGCGGUGCCUGGGGACCUUGGGCCAGCGAGGAUGAUGGGGAGGAGUGGGAAGGCGGUGGGGAGCCCAUGAAAAGCAGGAACAAGAAGAAGAAGAAGAAGUGCAAGAUCUGCAAGCUGCGCUCUUUCUUCCGCAAGCUGAACACCAGGCUCAUGUCCAACCGCAUCUGAUGGGAGACUCCCUCAGCAUCGACCCAGCCUGGCCAGGCUGGAGCUCUGGAUGGCAAUGCCAUGGGGUGGGAGCAAGGGAGAGGGACAGAUAUGGAGAUGGACGACAGUCUCUUACUUUUCCUUGCUCCAGGGUUCACCUCAAAACACUUCUCCUCUCUGGCUGGACCAGUGGCCGCAGGGACAUGGUCCUGGUGGGCAAGUAAGGGUGAUGUGGGCUCAGCUGUGCUGGUUGGUGGUGGUGUACAAGCCUGCUGAGCUGGGCUGGCCCAUGCACAGCCCCUUCCAAAGAGAGAGACUCUUUUCUCAAGGACUCUGCAGGCAAUCACAAGCUUUAAGUGUUGACUGUUGCAAUGGCAGGAGGAAGCAUGAGACCCUGGGGUGGCUCUGCCUGCAGGUUGCCCCUCAUCAUGUCCCUGUACAUACACAUUCCUGACUUUCUGCCUGCUUCCAGGCUGCUGCUGCCUUUGCUCUUGCUCCGGGAACUGGAGGGCAUCCCCCAAACCCAAGACCAUGGUGUUUCCCUGUUAUACUUCUUUGUGGAAGGAUGGAUUCCUGACCUUGGAUGUCAGACCUGAGACCGCCAUGGCUGGACUCAGCCUUGCUGCUACAGGGACCAUGGGGCCAUGGCUUCUCCUCUCCAUUGUCUUGGGGGGCCAGGAGCAGCCCCUAUGAGGAACUAUGGCCCAUGGAGAUGUGGUUGGAUGCUCUCAAAGGACAGAUGGUUCUCCACGGCCUCACAUUUGGGAGGCAGGUUUGCCCCAAGUUCUGGUGGCUUUCACAUGGAUCAGCCACCCAGCAGACCUCUUCAUCCACAAGGUCUUCCGUCACCAUGUGUAUGACUUUCAUGUUUCUCCCCAUGCAUCCUAUGCAUCCAACCAGCCAACUACCCCUUCCCAGUGUUCCCAGUGCUGGGGCUGUCCCCAUCCCCACAUCCCCACUGCAGAACCUGGGGCAGAAGGAACAUCUCAAUACGGUCUCUGCAGAGGCUGAUGUGCUGCUCUGUAGCUGCAGGACUCCAAAGCCGUGGAGAGGGACAGGGACAGCUCUUGCCUGCCCACACCACACCGCAUCCCCUCGCUGCGGAUGGGCACCACUCUCCCAUCAUCACCAGCACUGAAGGGGGGGAACACCUCCCCAUCAUCACACCCCUGCCAUGGGGAGCCAGCCCCUGCGGCAGCUCGGGAGCAGCGCCGAGCCCCCCCGCGCAUGCGUACGUGUGCUCGGAGGAGAGCUGGCGAGGAUGAAAGAGGGUAAAUAGCUUGAAAAGCAUUUGGGAUGCAUGGUGCAUUUCCAUUUACACAAUGUGUUUUACAUUUCUCCCCACAGGUUUCUCUUGGUGCAGCGUGUGUAGGCGAAGGCCCUGCUGUGAAUUUUGAAAAUAGUUAUUUUUGUCUCUGGAAAAUGAGGCCCGUUAGGACUUGUCAGCUCUUGGAUGAGCAGUGUGGGCUUUCUUUUUUAUUUUUUUU